AUGUCUAUCCAGUCGCAACCGCCAAACACACGAGGUGGAUUGUCCCGAAGAGACUCUACUGGGAGGACGAGUCCCGAGUCUAUCCAUGGCCUUGCCAAUUCGUCAAAUAUGUUCGCAGCAGGGAUAGGGGAAGCCCUGCAGGCAUUCCUUGCGACGGCAAAAGCGCCGAACGCAAGACCGAUAACUGUUGAAUUUGGAAGCCGUGUGAUGGCUGUUGGGAGGCAGAGGAUGCUAGCCAUGAACGGAAGGAAUGCGCUCCUGUACAUGAAGAGCAAGUUCGGGCUGCUGAACUCUACGACAGCGUUGUACCUGCAGGCAACGUUCGAAGGGGACGAGGAACGGUUUGUAGAGGUAGACCUAGACUCUUGGGAGGAGCUGGUUGUGUACAUGCAGCGACUACGAAUUAUUACCUGA